GUCCAGCUUGCGCUUCACGUUUGUGUUGAUCUAAUCGUCAAUUCUGUACAAGCAGGGUUUGCUCUUCUCUAGAAGGUUUCUUUAGGAGACCGAUUACAUUCAAAUAAUCCCGCGCCCUCUGUACCUUCAAUAAAAUGGCGCAAAACGCCAUUGGAAGGCUCUUCCGCGGCCAAAGUUCCAACACCCUCCGUCAAUCUAUUGGCACCCUCACACAGAAGCGUUGCUAUUCCUCGAAAAAUGCCAUCCCGACCUUUUCUCCGACUUCCUCCGCCGAGCUGGACCAGGCCCUCAAUCGUUUCCGCGAAGAACUCUUCAUACCGUUCGGACUAGGAACGCAGCAAAGGAGGUUAAUGUUUCGUCAGAAGUACGCCGACCGUCUAGAGGAAGAGCCGGUCAGCGUAUCCGUUGGCGAAGAUGAAGAGCCAUUCCUGCUUCGCCCCAUGGACCCGCAAUCAAGGCCAACGAAGAAGGAAAUCGUGGACGUUAUUACACUUAUGCAGACGACAAAGGACUGGCAGAACUUGGUCCCUUUCCUGUCCGGAUUGCGGAUGUCACAUCGUGUCAUUAAGUCAGACCGCUGGGAGUGGUUGGUGCGCCGGGCUGGCCAGGCUGAUGCUCUUGGUAUUAUUCUCGAAGCCGCGAAGCAGAGCGAGCGGACUGGUCUCCGUCUCAACAAUGUGGAUAUUGUACAGCGCAUCUUCUUCGAACUUCACCGCAAGGCCCAAAGAGGAGAGUUUAAGGAUCCCGAAGUAUCGAAGGCUUUCACACUGGCCAAGCAGUUUGUUUCCCUGAUGGAAGCCCCCGAACACAUCGAACAUAACCUGGAGCUGGAUCCUAAGAGGAAGCCAUUUGUCAUUGGUACCCUACUUGAGCUCAGCGCUGCUCGUGCCAUUAACGAGCUUGGCGGCAACGAUGAAGGCGGCCUGGUCCGUUCCUAUGCUCAACGUCUCCUGGGCAGCUGGUCUCUUAGUAACUUCAAUCGUGACGCUAAGAAUUGGCACGAGGUUGACCACAUGCUGCAAGAGAUCGUGCCCAUCUACAAUGGUAUGAAGCUUGCCCUCAAGGUCAACGGCAUUUCAAAUGAUAAGGCUGUCGCUCCGGGCUUGAAGACACGCGUGAAUGAGCUGGGAACUUUGAUUGCGAACCAGAAGAAGGCUGCACCGGAGAAAGCUGUGCAACGGCCAACGUUGGGCCUUGAGCAGAGUCAGCUUUUGCAUCAGGGUUAAACCCAUGUUUCUUUCUACACAUUGUCUAUGAAUUGUAUAUUACCACUUAGAAUCAUUUGGAGCUGUAUGUUAU